CGUUCCCAUAUCGAUUACUUGACAAAUUCGCGACUUCCGCGCUUCCAGUCAGCGUUUCGUCGUAUUGUUGAACGCCUGUCCAAAGAUUGGCACUUCCGAUACCCACCUGGUUUUUGACUGACUCAGACCGCGUGACGCUGAUUUGUUUGCCUCUUUUCAUUCCGCCGAAUCGCAGGGCGUCAACACUGUGAAGUGAUAAAAAAACGCCAACGCCGAAUUAACCACUGGUGAAAACGCAUUAAAUCCGCGGGGAAAUGUCUAAGGAUAAAUAGCGCGAAACAAUGAAGCGUAAACUUGAAAAUGUACUUGUGUAGGCGGGAAUGACAAAAUUGCUUCAGCAAAAUGUCGAUGCAGGCAAAGUUGUUUUCGCGAAUAUUUAACAAGCUUGGGUUUAGCCUGGUAAUCGUUGUUACUUAAACCCGGUUAUCGGCGAAAAAUUGCACCGUGUUACGAAACAGUACCAGAGCAAUUGCGCAUCACGGGAAAUGACUCAUCGGACGAGUCGAAACAUGUCCAGGGGGCUUCGACGCGCUGACGCAUGCCCAGAAAUAGACCGAUAACUCAGGGGAAUUUUCAAACGAUUCGCGGAACCAACGAUGAGUUUAGCCAAUGAGGAGCGAGGCAUAAACCACACUCUGAAACCGUGAUUAGAUAUGCCGGGAGUAUAAAAGCCGAGUGCUUCUCGGUGAUGAGCAGUGCUACGUGAACCGUCAUUCAGUCAACUAACGAAGGCUUUGCUCAGUACUUUUUGGCAUUCUUCAAGUGAUAUCACACGCUUCCCUCUCGCACGUGAACCACUGCAGAGUGAUUAUCGAGACAUCACACUCGUUCCACGUCCCGUUCGACAUCGUCGAGAUGGUGAUGGUCGUUGCACCGCGCAUUGAGCAGCCUGCGCCGGAGGGCGUACCAGCUGAGAACUGGGCAAAGAAGUUGUACGACCAAGCAGAUGAAGCCCAACAGCGAGAAGGCAAUCAAUCCGACUCUUUCUCUGGCUUUAACGUGACCUGUGACCGGUCUUUUCACGCCUCGAGACUUCCGGACGGGAACAUUCCAAGUCUGGAAACUUCACCACACCCCCCAGAUCCCGUAGAGUCUGCAGAAAAUUGCGACGAACCUCUUCGUCAGGAACAACACGGGCCACACUCGGCAUGGCGGCAGGAAGCUGCAGAUGACGAUGACGCUAGCUCGUCCUCGUGCUCGUCGUCGUCGUCGUUCUGUUAUGAUGAGGAGUACGCCGAGUGCAGAGAACUUCCUAGAGCACCGAGUGGCCAUCCACCUCCGGAACAUUUCCCUCCACCGGGACAUCCACCUCCUCCACCUCAUCACGGACAUCCACCACCUCCGCCGCCGGUUCAUCACGGAUUCCAUGGAGCUCCUCCCCCUCCUCAUCACUACGGUCACUAUGGACCAUCUCUAUCGUCUCAUUACGGACACUUUGGACCACCCGGUCCGCCACCUCCACCUCCCGGUCACCACGGAUUCUAUGGGCCGCCAGCUCCGCCUCCCCCACCGCAUCACUACCAUCGUCAUGAACCACCUCCAUCACCUCAUCACAGACAUUUUGGACCACCGGGUCAUCCGCCACCUCCACCUUCGGGUCACCAUGGAUUCCACGGACCCCCACCCCCACCUCCACCUCCUCCACCGCAUUUCUACCAUCAUCAUGGACCACAUCAUCAUCCUCCACCUCCACCACCUCCUUUUCCACACUAUGGGUACCAUGGUUCAGGCCAUCCUCCACCCCCACCUCCUCCUGGUCACCGUGAUCAUCAUGGACCAGCUCAUCCUCCUCCUCCUCCUCCUCCUCCCGGACAUCAUGAUCACCAUGGUCAUCAUGGGAAAGGCCAUCAUCCAUUCCCACCUCCACCUAGUCAUCAUGAUCACCAUGGACCAGCUCAUCCUCCACCUCCUCCCGGUCAUCAUGAUCACCAUGGCCAUCAUGAGAAAGGCCAUUCCCCACCCCCACCCCCACCCCCACCUCCAGCUAGUCAACAUGAUCACCAUGGAUCAGCUGAUCCUCCACCUUCUCCCGGUCAUCAUGAUCACCACGAUCACCAUGGGAAAGGCCAUCCUCCUCUUCCACCUUCCCCUUCUCGGCAUCAUGAUCGUCAUAUUCACAAUGGGCCAGCUCAUCCUCCUCCUCCGCCUUCUUCCCCUCAUCGCCGUGAUCACCAUGGAGUACGGCAUCAUCCACCACCACCAGCUCGUCGUCAUCGCCGUCACAGUCAUCAUGGCCAUCAUGAAAACAGUGGCCAUCAAGGUCACCAUGGCCAUCACGGACCACCAAGGCCAAGACAUCGUCUUUCCCCAGGGCAGCAUCCGCCAUACGGUCGUCACGAGGAUUCGAACGAACCACCACGCGAUCGCAAAGGCGAUAAGAACGGAGGUCAUCACGGGCAUCGCCGUAACCACGGUCAUCAGAAGAAUACCGAAGACUUCGGGGAAUCAAGAUACCGUACGGAAUAGGAAUCGUUCGGUUGUACCAAAGGCUAAGGGCCUUUCCAGCAAUGGCUGGAUAUAUUGUUACGUGAUCGGAACUGCGAGCUAUUGCAUAUACUACUCUUAUAUUCAUAGAUAUACUCGGUUAAUCUGAUGCUCAAGGAAGGAGGCAUGUUUCCGUUUGGAGAAUACAGCUGCUGUUAUUAAUAUCGCGUCGAAGGAUACCUCGGUGAAUGAUCACGUUGAAGUUAGCAACGUUACCGUAACGAUUCAUACCGAAAAAAAAUUGUUAUUUCGGAUAUUUUGGAACUGUUUGAAAUUCAGUAAACCGUGACAAAACAAAACAUACUCAUAUUUUGCAAUAUUAGUUCGUUAAAAAUUAUUGUAACAAAUAAAAAAAUAACGUUAUUAACUUCAACCUCUCGGUGAAUGCAACUUCAGCAUUAAUGCAUUAUUUACAUAUUCAACUUGGCAUACGAUGUAUACUCAAUGUUUAUUAAUCCUGCUACUCGUACAUCGAGCAGAGAUAGCAUAUUAUAUUACACAUACGUACAUAUAUAAUAUACGUAUAUUUCUAACUAUUAUUACUAUAUGGGAUAUGGAUCAAUAAAGGUUAAAUAAAAUCAAACAAA